CUGCUGCCUAUCCUAUCAAUCCCAUCCUGCCAUACCGUCCCCUUCCCCACGCCUCUACACGUCUCCCAAAACUACUCUUUUUGGCGUGAAUAUGGCACCGAUGAGGGCAGCAUGCUUGAUAGCUGGGCUGGCGGCUUCGAGUACCGCGGUUCACGUGCCGGAAUCGCCUGUCUACUCCCUUCAGGGAGGCGGUAGCGGCCUGGAGACGAAGGGAGACUACCUGGAGAACAAGAUCGCCCGCGGGGUGUACGGCAGCAUCGACACCACAGCCAAGGGCGUGGUCGGUGUCUUCGGCCUGGCCGCGGACGAGGCGAAGCAGGCCAACAAGGCCGCUCACGCCGCGGCAAGGUCUGCCCGAGAGUCGGCCAGGGAGUCGGUCAAGCACGUCAGAGAAUCCGUCCACAUCCCCACCAAGAUCGGCUGGCCUUUCGAGGAAAAGGCCCCCGAGCCCGAGCCCAAGAUGUCGUGGGUCGGCGGGGCCAAGCAAGUGGUCGCUGACGAGAGGACGGCCUUGAAAAAGUUCUUCGGCAACCCCAACAACGCCUUUGUGGCCCAGGGCGUCACCGCCCUCCUGUUCGGUGGCCUCCACCUCGCCAAGUACGACCAGUUCGUGGGCAAGCUUGCCCAGCCCUUGUGCAGCCUGUUCGGCCUGGAGUGGGGACCGGGCACCGUGGGCCCUUACAUGAAGUUGAUGGGAGCAUACCUUUUGGGUGUUUUCUUCUCGGACGUGCUGGCCUACAAGUCUAACAGCGCCGGCUUCAAGCGCGGAAAGAUCUGGCACGAGAUGGGAUCCUGCAUCGCCAUCUCCGCCCUGUGCAUCACCCAGAUGUUCUCGGAGACGCCCGCCGACGUUGUGCCCCACGCCAUCGCCGCCUUUGUCUUCGCUGGGUGGUACGGCUACCUCUCGCAGCAGUACUAAACAGACAACUAACUGCCUGGUGUUUUGGGUUUUGGUUGUUUCUGCCUCCGUCUCCGUGAUGAAAAUAGCGUAGGAUGUGAACGAUGUAGAUUAUUGUUGCCCCGUUGGCCAGAGAGAGAGCGGCGGUCGGUCGGUCGUUCCUCCCUCAAGGAGGUCGCUGGAACGGUUUUCUCACUUUGUGGCGUAUUUUGGUCGCAGACAGGCACGCACUUGUCUGUAUCUGCAGGCAGGUAUCUAGCUUUGACCUCUCCGCCUUUUCCUUCUGAACGUAGAUUAAUCCUUGAAUCUUCUAUGUGCAUGGCAGACUGUCUCUAUAAUCUAAAAUGAAGGGAAGGAUCGGCUUCGUUCAUUUUUUUGUCAGAUUUUCUCUUUUCCACUCCUUUCUUGUCGUUUAGUGCACGCCUCGACGCGAUGUAUGUUCACUUAACUAGAUAUUGUUGCGCCCGGCUCCCUCUUUCUUGUAGACAACGUUAUCUGCCUGUAAAAAAUGUGGGGGGGUGGGGGGGUUGAUGACGGCGGAAGGUGGGGAGGGGCGACGUCGAAUCACAGCCAGGAUUGAUCGUCAUGUAUGCCAUGGCGUGCCAGAGCAAACACUAACGGUACAAAGGGGUAGCGGGCGCACGGGAUAUAUGGUGCGGUUUAAUGAUUCGGUCGUGUUUUUUCGAUUGACUUGGUGAGGAGGUCACGAUGGCCCAUGUUUCUGCACCACCUUGACAUCCUUGUUGUUACGGGCCCAAAAGUAGAGAGGGGUUGCGUCCCUCAGCCUUGCUUAAGAGCUACUGCGGUAGAUGACAUGGACCAUCAGGGAGUGAUGGAAUGAGAUGGGAAGAUGGGUCAUAGAGCGUCGGAUCGUACAGCUGUCUCCGCCAGAGGGGGUUGCUGUUUUUGUGGUACUUUUCUGGCAUGAGCGAAGCGGUGGAAGACGCGACUCACCCUGAAAAGUACCGAAUUAACAUCUUGGUCCCUUGUGCCAUUGCUGUUGGAUACCCCGGUCUUCGGUUGGUUUUAGUUCCAUGUACGCAUGGCGCAUUGAAAAGCGCAGACUUGUUGUCUGGCGCAUGUUGCCUGGGUACUUGCUACAUACAAUCUCGUCGUUUUCUUCAGUAAGGGAGACAGCCAGGUGUCGUUGAACAGUCACGAGCGAAUGCAUGCAUCCA